AUGGAAUUCCGGGCGGGAAUUCUGGCCGGGAUUUAUAGCCGGGAGCGGCCCCACGGCACCUCCCCACGGCCUCGCUCCCGGGAAGGGAAGUGUCCCCAUCUGAUGGCGGGGGGGGGGGGGGCCGUCAAGGGCUUAGGGGGUCCCCACUGCUCCUUGGGUGAUCUCCAUCCAUCCAUCCAUCCAUCCAUCCCAUGCCCUUUUGGGGAUGUUUUCCCUAUUUUGCCGCUGAGUUUGGCACUGGGGACAGGCCCUGAUGUCGGUCUCCAUCCCCGGCAGCCGCUGCGGAGCAGCUCGGCCGUUCCGGGCCGCUCCUUCUCGUCCCGCUCCUUCACGGCCGCUCCGGCGCUGAGGAUGAGCACGGCGCCGGCUCUCGGCCCUUACGGGGGGCUCCGGGGCGGCUCCGGGGGGCUCGGGGGACCCUCGUGGGUGCCGGGCGGGGGCAUCACGGCCGUCACCAUCAACCGGAGUCUCCUGGCGCCGCUGGACGUGGCCGUGGAUCCCGAGCUGCAGGAGCUGCGCCGGGAGGAGAAGGAGCAGAUCAAGACGCUCAACGAUAAAUUCGCCGCCUUCAUCGACAAGGUGCGGUUCCUGGAGCAGCAGAACAAACUCCUGGAGACCAAGUGGGGGCUCCUGCGGGCGCAGCCCCCUCCCCGCAGCAGCCUGGGGGGGCUCCUCGAGGGCUACGCGGGGACCCUGCGGCGGCAGCUGGAGGCGCUGGGGCAGGAGCGGCAGCGGCUGCGCGCAGAGCUCGGCCACGUCCGCGGGCUGGUCGAGGAGUUCAAGGCCAAGUAUGAGGAGGAGAUCAACCACCGCACAGAGAAAGAGAACGAGUUUGUCCUGCUCAAAAAGGACGUGGAUGAAGCCUACAUGUCCAAGGUGGAGCUGGAAUCACGCCUGGAGAGCCUCACGGACGAGAUAAACUUCCUGCGGCAGCUCUAUGAAGAGGAGCUGCAGGAGCUGCGGGCGCAGGUGUCGGACACGGCCGUGGUGGUGUCCAUGGACAACAGCCGCCAGCUGGACAUGGCCGGGGUGCUGGCGGACGUGCGGGCGCAGUACGAGGACAUCGCCGGCCGCAGCCGCGCUGAGGCCGAAGGCCUCUACCAGGUCAAGUACGAAGAGCUGAAGACAGCAGCUGGGAAGCAGGGGGACGACCUGCGCCAGACCCGCGGCCAGAUCCAGGAGCUGAACCGGCGCAUCCAGCGGAUCCAGGCAGAGAUUGAGGCUCUGAAAAACCAGCGCUCGGGGCUGGAGGCGGCCGUGGCCGAGGCUGAGGAGCGCGGGGAGCUGGCACUGAGGGACGCCAGGGCCAAGCUGGCCGACCUGGAGGGGGCCCUGGCCCAGGCCAAGCAGGACCUGGCCCGGCAGCUCCGGGAGUACCAGGAGCUCAUGAACGUCAAGCUGGCCCUGGACAUCGAGAUUGCAACCUACAGGAAGCUGCUGGAGGGCGAGGAGAGCAGGCUGGAGGCUGCUGUGCAGAACCUGAGCAUCCACACCAAGCCUUCGGGGUACCUGGGUGAGUUUGUGGGGGUCCCCGGAACCCCCCGAUUUUGGGUGCCCCCCCCCCCCCCCCCGUGCCCCCUCACAGCUGCUCCCUCUUCCUCACAGGUGGACUCGGGGGAGGUUUUGGGGGGGGAUUUGGGGGGGCCUUUGGGGGGGCCGUGGUCAGCUCAGGGUACUCGGUCGCCCCCGCCCCCCGAGAGCACGGCCCCCCUCAAGUCCCGGGCCAUCGUCAUCAAGAAGAUCGAGACCCGCGACGGGAAGCUCGUGUCCGAGUCCUCCGACGUCCUGGAAAGCUGAAGCGCCUUUCCUGGGGACCCCCCAGGCCUUGGCUUGGCCGGCUGAGCUGAGCCCCCCUCUUUCCUGAGCAAACCCUAAAUCCUGACCUGCCGAGCCCGCCCUGGGCCCCCCUUUCUGGGGUGUCCCCCACGCCCACACAAACCGAACCCCCCUUUCCCAGGGGGCUCCUCCACGUUCCCUGAGCCCCCAGGGUGUCCCCCUGAGUCCUGGCCGAGCGAACCCCCUUUCCCGAGGGGGGGUCUCCAUGUCCCGCCCAGCUGAGACCCCUGGGCCUCCCCUUCUCAGGGUGCUGCCCCAUAUCCUCCCAAGCUGAACCCCCUUUUCCGAGGUGGGGGGGAGGGUCCCCCAUGUCCUGACAUUCUGAGCCCCCCACCCUGGUCCCCUCUUUCCUGCCCGGGGGGGUCCCCGCAAGUCCAGGCUACCUGAUUCCCCUUUCCUGGGGGGUCCUGUCCAUGUCCUGGGGGGAUCUUUGGUGGGGCAUCCCCCUUGUCCAGGCUGGCUGAGCCCAUUCCCUUCCCGGGGGGGUCCCUCCGUUCCUGUGGGGGUCCCCCAUGUCCUGACCUGCUGAGCCCCGCCCUUGGUGUGUCCCCGCUCCAUGCCGGUCCCCUUGCCGGGGGUCCCCAGCUCCCCACAGGACACCAGGCACCCUCUGCUGACGACCUGAGCCAGUGCCAGUGCCAGUCUCCCCCGGGGGGCUCCCACCCCCCCAUUGUCCCCUCUGGGACGGGGGGAGGCAACUGGGGGGUCUGGGCCUCCCCCCCUGUUCUGCUUGCUGCUGGAAUAAAACCUGGGAAAUUC